AUGGUCACCCUAGACAUAAGUAAAGGAUUGGCUGGAUUCAUUUGCACUUUAAUAUUUGUCGGGAUUAUAUUCUGUAUUUGUGCAUGUUGUGUAGGAAUUAAGCACAUAUUUAGGAGAAAACACCGUCCAAUGUACCACACAGCUGCUUAUGCAACAGCUUCUACAUAUUCAUCAGAUGUUCGACCAAUAGGAAACCAAUUGUCGAGUCCUGUACCAGAAUCAAGUUCGUUAAAUCAAGCUAGAUUCCAUCAAAAUAUACCAACAGCACCACCACAAACUCCAAUUCCAUCACCACAAUUCAUCCCUUAUCCAAGAUACAAUCCAUCAGUCAUGCAAGACAUGUUCCGUGAACGCACAUCAUCUGAUUCAUACGCCAGAUUGCAAAAUCAGCCACACGUACAUCAGUGGACACCAAGGCCUCUUAGUCUCCAAAAUGUCAACCAAAUUCCAGUCAGUGGACCUCCUUUUUAUCCAUAUCAAGUACAAAACUCACCACAACCCUUUCAUAUGAAUCCUAAUCCGAGUGUAAUUGGAUUUAUUCAACAACCUUCAGCUUCAUUGGAGAGUAUUGGAUGGAGAACAUAA